AGAUGUUGAACGGGUGCUGGGGGGAGACUGUCUCAGAGCACGAGAGGAACUAAAACAAGCCAGUCAGAUCUUCUAAGAAAGGAUGGCUGUUAUUGAUGCAGUGCUGGAUCGUCUGCUAGAUGGACUCCUGGGUCUGGGUCGUCUCCUGUCUCCUCUCUGCUCCCUCUUUGUUCUCCUCCAGCUCUCGGCUCUGGUUGUCCUCCUCCUCCUGUCCCUCCGUGUCGUCUGUCUGCUGUGGAGCCAUGCUCAGUUCACCAGACGUCUCCGGUGCUUCAGUAAGCCCCCCACACAAAACUGGCUAAUGGGACACCUAGGAGAGAUGCGGAGCACGGAGGAGGGCCUGCAGGCGGUAGAUCAGCUGGUAAGAACCUACAGCCACUCCUGCUCCUGGUUUCUGGGCCCCUUCUACUCCCUGGUACGACUCUUCCACCCUGACUACAUCAAGCCUCUGCUGCUGGCACCAGCUUCCAUCACAGUCAAAGAUGAGCUGUUCUAUGGGUUCCUGAGACCAUGGCUGGGACAGAGUCUUCUCCUGAGUAACGGAGAGGACUGGUCUCGUCGUAGACGUCUACUCACUCCUGCAUUCCACUUCGACAUCCUCAAGAACUAUGUGAAGAUCUUCAACCACUCCUCCGACGUCAUGCAUUCUAAGUGGCGCCGCCUGGUGGCCGAGGGAGAGAGCCACCAGGACAUGUUCAGUCACAUCAGCCUGAUGACUCUGGACAGUCUGCUCAGAUGUACCUUCAGCUACAACAGCAACUGCCAGGAGAGCUCCAGUGAGUACAUAGCAGCCAUUUUUGAGCUGAGCACCUUGGUGAUCGAGCGGAGAGGACGUAUCCUGCACCACUGGGACUGGCUGUACUGGAAGUCCCCAGAGGGACAGCGCUUCAAACAGGCCUGCAGUGUAGUACACAGGUUCACCAGGACUGUUGUCCAGGAGCGCAGAGCACAGCUUCUCCACCAGGGGGAGCCAGAGAGCCACACUGACAACACAGGAGGGGAGGAGAAGAGGAAAAGAGUAGCAGACUUCAUUGAUUUGUUACUGCUGUCAAAGGAUGAGGAAGGCCAUGGUCUCACAGAUGAGGAGAUAAAAGCAGAGGCAGACACUUUCAUGUUUGGAGGUCAUGACACCACGGCCAGCGGGAUCAGCUGGGUUCUGUAUAACCUGUCUCAGCAUCAGGACUACCAGGACCGCUGUAGAGCCGAGGUCAACGACCUGCUACAAGACCGAAAGACAGAGGACUUAAACUGGGAGGACCUGAGCAGCCUCCCCUUCACCACCAUGUGUAUCAAAGAGUCUCUGAGACUGCACUCCCCCGUGUCUGCUGUCACCAGACGAUACACUAAGGACAUCACGGUGCCAGGUGGACGGGUCAUACCACAGGGUAGCAUCUGUCUGGUGAGCAUCUAUGGGACCCAUCACAACCCUGAGAUCUGGCCUGACCCAGACGUCUACAACCCCAUGCGCUUUGACCCUGAGAACUCAAAGGACCGUUCAUCCCAUGCCUUCAUACCCUUCUCUUCAGGACCUAGGAACUGUAUAGGUCAGAAGUUUGCCAUGGCAGAGCUGCGUGUGGUGGUGGCGCUGACCUUGAGGAGGUUCCGUUUGACCCCUGGGGGGGUGGAGGUGAGGAGGCUACCCCAGCUGGUGCUCAGGGCCGAGGGGGGGCUGUGGCUGACGCUGGAGACCCUAGACACCCCCCAGGACUAACCCCUGACCUCCAUCUCUUACCUCUAUGGAUCAGUCAUAGAGAAACUGCUUUCAUGAUUUUACUGUAUAAACAUACACUGAGUAUACGAAACGUUAAGAACACCUUAACACAGUAAAAUCAUAGGCCUAAAGCCGACAAAUAAAAACAGUCAAAUCAUAGGCCUAAAGCCGACAAAUAAAAACAGUCAAAUUAUAGGCCUAAAGCC